UUCAGCAUAAGAAGCCUGGGAGUGGCUACAGUCAGGUAAACUUCUAGUAGUAAGAAGAGCUCCUGUACACACAGCUUAACUUGAUAUGGUUGGUGGCUGCAUAGGACCACAGCCACAGCUUUGAGAAGUUUUUCUUUUUAAAAAAAAAAGCAACAACAACAGCCUUGCUCUACCUGAAGAAACAAUGGCUAUACGGGAAGGAAAUGGCAGUUUUGCCAAUAGCUACAGGAACCCUGCAUUUGAGGAGGAAGUUGAAAGUGACGAUACAAACAAAAAGAAUUAUAUAGCAAUGAGACACAGGAACAUGGAAAAAGGCAACCCCCUCCACCCUAACCAGCUUGAAACAGACAUCAGUAUUGAAGGUGACCAGGAAGUGGACAAACAUGAAUCAGGAGAAAACAAGGACUCUGGGUGCAAAGGGUGUUUUGAAAAGAAAUACGAUGCAGCCUUACACUUUUUCAGGAAACAUAAAACCAGAAUUCGAUAUGUUAUUUAUGGAAUACUAAUAGCAGCUUAUCUGGCCAUGGUAAUUGCGGCCUGUAUCUUGAAUUUUCGCAGAGCUUUGGCCCUCUUUGUACUCACCAUCCUGGGCAUUUUCUUUAUCUGCUGGGACUUUUUGAUGGCCAGAUAUGAGGACAGAAUUGCAGAAUCGCUUUCCCCUUGUGGAAAGUUUCUGGAUACCCAAUGGUUUUGGCUGAAAUGGGCAGUGUGGAUAUCACUAGCAGCUGCCAUCGUAUGCUGGCUUGUCUUUGACACUGCCAGACAAGGAACCAACCAACUCAUUUCCUUUGGCGGCCUUAUAAUGUAUGUCUUCUUGAUGCUGAUCUUUUCCAAGUACCCAACGAAGGUUGUAUGGAGACCAGUAAUUUGGGGGAUAGGAUUACAGUUUAUUCUUGGACUAAUAACUUUGAGGACAAAAGUAGGAUUCGAUGCAUUCAACUGGCUUGGUGGUCAAGUGCAGACUUUCUUGGAAUACACAGAUGCUGGCUCUAAGUUUGUCUUUGGUGAUAAAUACACUGACCACUUCUUUGCCUUCAAGGUGCUGCCUAUUGUCAUUUUCUUCAGCAUGGUGAUGUCUAUGCUUUACCACCUUGGAUUCAUGCAGUGGCUUAUUAAAAAGGUUGGAUGGGUAAUGCAAAUAACCCUCGGGACGAGUCCAGUUGAAUCUCUGGUUGCAGCUGGCAACAUAUUUGUGGGACAGACAGAAUCUCCUCUCUUGGUGAAGCCUUAUUUGCCCUAUAUCACCAGGUCUGAACUCCAUGCUGUCAUGACGGCAGGAUUCGCCACUAUUGCUGGAAGUGUCUUAGGAGCAUAUAUUUCAUUUGGCAUUCCAGCCUCCCACUUAUUGACAGCUUCCGUGAUGUCAGCACCAGCAGCUUUGGCUAUUGCCAAGCUCUUUUGGCCAGAGACCGAACACCCCCAGAUAACUGCACAGCAGGCUACAAAAGUGGAAAAAGGAGACUCCAAAAACCUGUUGGAAGCAGCCAGCCAAGGGGCUUCUGCCUCCAUCCCUCUGGUGGCAAACAUUGCUGCAAAUCUGAUUGCCUUCCUUGCCUUGCUUUCUUUCUGUAAUGCAGUCCUGUCCUGGCUGGGAAAUAUGUUCAACUAUUCACAGUUGAGCUUUGAGGUCAUUUGUGCUUAUGUCUUCAUGCCAUUUUCAUUCAUGAUGGGAGUCGACUGGGAAGACAGUUUUCUUGUUGGCAGACUUCUAGGCUAUAAGACCUUCUUCAAUGAAUUUGUGGCUUAUAAAGAUCUUUCAGAACUGAUCAAACUGAGGAAGGCAGGAGGGGAAAAGUACAUUGGUGGAGAGAACCAAUAUCUGAGUAUUCGAUCCGAAACCAUUGCCACUUAUGCUCUCUGUGGAUUUGCAAACUUUGGCUCUUUGGGACUCGUAAUUGGAGGACUCACAUCCAUGGCUCCUUCCCGGAAGAGAGACAUUGCCAGCGGGGCCUUGAGAGCCAUGAUUGCUGGCACGGUGGCCUGCUUCAUGACAGCUUGCAUUGCAGGAAUAUUAUCUGUCACAGGAGAUCCAUGCACCGCUUUAUUUGAAAACAACAUCAAUAUGACUAGCAAUAGCACAGAAAUAGUUAGCUGCUGCUUAAACCUCUUUAACAGUGCGAACAGUUCCACAGAGACUUUUUUAAAAGCAAACAACACCUUGAGGUCCUUGAAUGGAUGCUGCAAACUUCUGAACCCGUCUACAUUUAACUGCUCCUGGACGACUCCAGAAUUUUAAACUGGGCACUUUAUGUAAAGAGACAAGCAUAGGGAUUUACUUCACUGAUGGACGGGUAGGAAGACAAAAGGACAGUGGAGUUGUCUGGUGGUUGUUGCAGACAAGACAAAUCUUGUUUCCCAGCUUAAGUAGAUUGGCAGCUGUGUAAAUGCUGCAGUUUCAUUGGGGCUACUGGGUAAGUAUCUGCUCCGUAUGUCUGAUGAGCUCCUAAGUCCUGAUAUAAGCACCUGGUCAUGAUGAAGGGCAUGUUUAAACUUUUUAAAUGCUAUUUCAAAUAUUUAUUUAAAACUGUUCCAAAUGCCAUGUUUGCCUACACCUCCCGACUCUCUUUAAUAUCAGGUAGAGACAUUUCAAUCAAAGAUCUUUCUCACACUGAACAUAGAAAACUGCCUUAUAUAUCAAGUCAGGCCGUUGGUCUAUCUGCUCAAUAUUGUCUACACUGACAAUAUUGUCUACACUUACAGGGAUUCUGUGGGAAUGUUCAGGGAUGCAGGAGAGGAUAUAUUGUCUGAUUAUAUCCUUAUCCAACUUGUGUUAACAAGUUCCACAGUUUCAGCAGAGUAACAUUCCCCUUAUUUUAAACUUUGCAAUGGAUGUGUUUGCUCAGGCUCGUUAAAGCCUCUAUAAUAACUGUUCUGGUAUUUUCCCCUUAUUCCCUCAUAAAAUAUAAGAGACGACACAGUCUUUUACAAAAGUAUAAAAAGAGUUUACUCACAUUCUGUUCACAAUCGGAUCCCAGAAGGCAGAUUUAGCUUAAUGAAGUAACAUACACUUGGAAUCUAUCUCAUAAGAAGACAGUCCCUUUGUCCUCUCUUGGCUGGAAGCCAAGAGGGCAUCUUUGGCUUAGUAGAUGUUGUGUCUUCGAUGCAUGUGGUGAAAGAGAGAGAGAGAUGGCUGCCCUGCCCAGUGCUUUUGUCAUUACCUGCACAGGUGAGGCCACGCCCACCUCUAGUCACAUGCAGAGGAAGUCUGUCCUAGCCCAGAAGGAAACAGGAAGUUUACCUGCUGGCUGGACAAACAUUCCUCCCCAUGUGUAAACAUGUUCACUCUAGGAAUGUUGUACUUGACUGCUCUUGUGUUUCGCAUCCUACAGAUUCAGACAGUGUACUUUCCCAGUCCUAUCUGGUGAUGCUGAGGACUGAAACUGGGACCUUCUGUAUACAAAGCAGAUGCUUCCCCCGCAUGACCUUUCUCCUCGGUUACAGCCCCUUCUGUGGUCUUGCUCUAUUAACGCAAAAUUACCUAAGUGUGAUCUUAAGUAUAUAUCUCAAUAGGACUUUCUCCAACUAAAUCUGCUAAUAUUUGCCAUCUGUCUUACACUUAGAUUUUCAUUGAUUAUAAUUGUGGUUAUAGGGAUUAAGAGAUCUGAUCUGGAACUAGCUUUGUAUUUGCCUUGCAUGAAAGCAUCCCUCGUAUUUCUCCAUACCAAACAUGACCUCGUUUGAGGAAGCCAAUAUGCUGCUGUCCAAACGUUGCUGGCCUCCAACCCCCAACUGCAUGUUCUGUCAAGGAUGAUAGGAGCCGUAGUCUAAAAACAUCUGGAGGACAUCACUUUGACUAAACUAGCU